AUGCGAGCCAAGCUGGAAGAAAUUACGAGCUGGUAUCAAUAUAGAAAAUAUUUCAAAAAAAGACUUGAUGACAUUUUACCUGAAAAUCAAAGAAAUGAUAAGAGAGCCAAUGAUUUAGCAAGUGGACAGAUUUAUGAUGAAAUGCUACAAUAUCUUUCAGCACAAUUAGAGAAGAUAAAAUUAAGCGAAUUAAAUCUUACAUCACACACUCAUACGACUGAACCUGUUUCCACCGAUUCAAUAUCAAAAACUGAAGCAUGUGAGAAAGCCAAGAAAACAUUACCAGAAACUAAAGUAAGUGAGGAAACUAAAAAAAAUUUCAUCGAAAAUCAUGCUAAUCAAACUAAUGCAGAG